GUGGCCCGGGAUGAUAUCAAAUGAUCAAUUAGUGGGGAAAUUAACCCUGACCAUAUUCAAACUAUUAUAAAAACCCGCGAAAUUUGAAUCGUGAUUUAUUAAGUGCAAUUUUCAUGUUUCGUUUAACAAGUUAUUUAUCAAAUUACAAGCUUUAAAAAUGGUGUUAAAUAAUUGUAAUGUAUCCUGAAUUUGUGAAUAAAGUGAUAAAUAGAUAAACUGGUGAAAGGUUGAUAGUGCUGUGUGUGUAGUGAGGCACGCUGGCGCCCCGCAAUGCCUGCAUGGAGUCCCUCCCUCCGCCGCCCUCCGACACGGACACCGACUCGGGGGAUGAAACCGUACCUGCCGAUCCAGAGACCUGGGACCGCCGCGAUGUGCUGCGCUGCGUGCGCUGGGUGGCGCGCACAUUCAGCGUGCGGGCGCCCCGCAAGCACCUCCUGCCAGACACCGGCGCCGGCCUGCUGCAGCUCACUGAGGAGAACUGGUUGCAGGUGUGCGAAGGCACUUCAGAGGCAGCCCGCAUCUACCACGCGUACGUGCGGCACGCGCACGCGACGGCGAAGGGCCGGCCUCCGCCCCCGCCGUUGCCGGAGCACCAAGCUGCUGCGUCUACUUCACAGCCGAUCAAUCCAUACGCGGCGCUGAGCGGCUGCGCCCGCACGAGCGGCGGACAAGUGCAGCUGUGGCAGUUCCUCCUGGAGGAGCUGGCCGCUGGAGCACCUGGGAUCUGCUGGGAGGGUUCCCCCGGCGAAGGCGAGUUCCGUCUAUCCGACCCGGAGGAGGUCGCGCGGCGCUGGGGCCGCCGCAAGCAGAAACCCAACAUGAACUACGACAAGCUGUCCCGGGCUCUGCGGUAUUAUUACGACAAGAAUAUUAUGGGCAAGGUCCACGGCAAACGUUACGCAUACAAGUUCUGCUGGGCCGGGCUCGCCGCCGCGUGCCAGGCGCAGGCCGACGCGCCGCCAUACUGGCCCUACCUACACAACACGCAACAACCUCCCCAGUGACUUCCCCAAAUAAAUAGAACAUUCUAGAACAUUAUAGAAGCUUGAAGAACACAAGUUGCUACUAGCCUGAAGAAAUACCACGUAAAGAUACUGUGAAACCCAAGAAAUAAUAAUCUCUAUCGCUACAUCUGAACUCUACUUAUACAUAUAAUUUAAGAAUCUCUAUUUCAUCAUGCGUGAACAGACUGAUUUCAGUAAUUAUUUUUUUGUUGUGUUCGUUUUUGUCAAAAAAAAAUCUUAUGAAAGAACUUCACUUAUAAGUGAUUGAAUUGUGAAAACUGAACGGUCAUAUUGAGUUCGCGCUGGACAACGUCUUUCGGGUCAGAUAGUUACUGAUGUACCUAAAUCGAUAAAGUUUUAUAUUAUCGAUUACAAGUAGGUACCUAUCGAUCAAUCAAAUGUAUUUAUAAAUAAAUUGGAUAAUUUUAUCUUGUACGUGAAUCGUGAUCUACUUUAUCUAAAUGACAUUUAUAACACCUCUAGAUAUCUAUUAAUAUAAAUUUAUAAAUAUAAAUUUAUGUACCUAUUAAUAUUUAAUAUGACGAAUAUUAAAAUAUACAUAAAGCUCAAUAUAAUGCGAUAAAUAUUGUUGAUUUAAUAUUUCUUUAUGAUUCAAUAGUAAAUCCACGAGUUGAUAGCAACAAUGUAUUAGACGAGGAAAUAAGUGUUACAAUGUAUAAUUUAAAUUGAGUUAUUUAAUUUGUACAAACUUAUCUCCUACAUAAUAUGUAUAAAUUAAAACAGAGUAAUAAAAAAAUAUUCAGUUAUGGCUAGUUUGAAAUAUGAAUUAUACAAAUAAAAACUGAAGGCUAUGUAGGUAGGAUGGUGGACCCUUGAACCGUGAACGCCCUUGAAUGAUAUAAUUUAUUUAUUUUAUUUUUAUUUAUUUAUUCACACACAUAUCAAUUACCUUUACAGGAUUAACCCAAUGCGGUACUGACUAAAAUAUAUAAUAUAUUAUGCUGUACCUAUUUCAAUAUU